AUGAGUCUUUCGUUCCGUCAUCUAAUCACGCUACUUUCGUUGGUUGCCUUUGAACUUUUUCCCUCCAUCAAAGACAUUAUGAGUCUCUCAAAUUCGUCAUCUAAUCACGCUCUACUUUCCCUUUUCCAUCCAUCAGCCAUUAUUAUGUCUCUCAAAUUCCUCUCUCAAAUUCCGUCAUCUAAUCACGCUCUACUUUCGUUGGUUGCCCUUUGGAACUCUUUUCCUCCUCUCAAAUCAUCUAAACUUUCGUUGUUGCCACUCUUUUUUUCCCUCCAUCAAAGCCAUUAUGUCUCUCAAAUUCCGUCAUCUAAUCACGCCUUUUGGAACUCUUUUUUCGUUGAGUCUCUCAAAUUCCGUCAUAUUUGCCUUUUGAACCUUUUUCCCUCCAUCAAAGCCAUUAUGAGUCUCUCAAAUUCCCCGUUAGAGUCUCUCAAAUUCCGUCAUCUAAUCACUCUGCUUCCGUUGGUUGCCUUUGGAACUCUUUCCCUCCAUCAAAGCCAUUAUGAGUCUCUCAAAUUCUGUCAUCUAAUCACGCCUCUGCUUUCGUUGGUUGCCUUCGAACUCUUUUUUUCCCUCCAUCAAAGCCAUUAUGAGUCUCUCAAAUUCCGUCAUCUAAUCAAGCUCUCUACUUUCGUUGGUUGCUGGAACUCUUUUCCCUCCAUCAAGCCAUUAUGA